CCACUCAAUGAAAGUGUUGUAUCAAAAUCCGAGUCCUAAUCUCACGGGGAGUCGAAUUUAGGUACAACACCGGAAUCCUCCUACACACACAGCUACGGUAAGAUGAAGCUCCGCCCACCGUUCCAGCGAACCCCCGCCCACCGUUCCAGCGAACCCCCGCCCACACGCUUCUUUUAUCUCUUGCUGACUCACCUGAAUCAACCAUUCAAACAGGUAAAAGUGGGAAGAGUGUUUCACAGGUGAUCCGUUGGAGCACCGCUGCCAUGGCUGAGUCUCAGUUGAUAUGCAUGGACGAUGAACACGUUAACGUGAAGAUACCGGAAUGUAGACCGGCGUUUUAUUACAGCGAGGAGCAGCGGGCCGCGCUCGAGCAGCUCUUGAAAAACGGGGACGGCGCUUUCAAGAUGCGUCUGAAAGAGGACAACAUUAAAGACUUUCUCUCCGCCAGGGAAAUUAAACUGAUGCGGGAUACCUUUCAGGAAUAUGACAGUGACUCGGACACCUGUUGCUCACAGUCACCCCAUGAUACGAGCGAAGACUCAGGUGUGCAUUCUACCUACUGGCCGACCAUGUCUGAUACAGAGAUCCCUCCGCUGGACAUCGGUUGGCCCAGCAACGGCUAUUACAAAGGGGUGACACGGGUGUCGGUUUACACCCACCCACCCAAAACCAACAGUCCGCAUAUUAAAGAAGUAGUGCGCAGACUCAUUCAAGAAUCUACAAAGUUGGUGGCCGUGGUCAUGGAUCUGUUGACGGACCUGUUGAUCCUGCAGGAUCUCUUUGACGCGGCGAGUAAGAGGGGGGUGGCUGUGUACUUGCUGCUGGAGGAAAACGGCUUGCCUCACUUCCUGGACAUGAGCAGCAGACUGCAGAUUUCUGCACAGCAUCUGAGGAACCUGCGGGUGCGAACCGUGAGAGGCUCAGGCUUGGCUCUGUCUUUCGGUCGUCUCCCAGGAUCACUCUGCUCCAAGUAUAUGUUGGUGGAUGGGGAGAAAGUGAUGUCUGGAUCAUACAGCUUUACGUGGAGCUCCUCCAGAAUGAACCGCAACACAAUCACUGUGAUGUCAGGACAAAUCGUUGACUUCUUCGACAAUGACUUCAGAGAGCUGUACGCAGUGUCCGAUAAAGUGGAUCUAUACCAGGAGUUUCACAUCAGCAAGCCAUCUCUGUCCGUUCCCGUGCUGAAAACGCCAGCAGAACCCAACCGACCUGCAGUUCCUGUGUCCACAUCUCGUUUCCAGGUCUCGCUGGAGGACAACAAAAAGACUGACCUAAAGGUUCCUGCACAUAAAUACCACAAUCCUAAGUACUCUUUGGUUGUCGGCAACAGUCUAGGUAUAACUGGCUCCUUGCAGGAUCUUUCAGCUCUUAGGGACUAUGAUGAUCAUGACUCUGUGAAUAAUAUUGAAAAACAAAUCUACACCAACGGGGACGUUGUCAAGACACAGUCCCCGGGUGCGACAGAGGACGGUAAGGGUGAUGGGAAAAAACUCUCUCCGUUUGGUUCUAAAAAGCAGCGCAGUUCCUUCCGACAUUUCUUGAAAGGAAGAGCAAACAAUCAGAAUCCAGACACAAUCUCUAAAACAACCAAUCAAAGCACAGAUCCCAAACAGAUCAGUCAUAAAGACACUAAGAUUACUAAUAACUCCAAUGAAGCAUCUUGGUUGGUCACUCAGACCAAGGGAGAUGCAUCCAAAGACAGUAUUUCCACAACUCUUCAAAAGAACUCGGAGAAUGGCAGCACAGAUGAACUUGACGACACCUUUGAGAUUAUAGCAAAUCCACCAGAGGUGAAGUUUAAAAGUAAAAAGAGCAAAAUGGGUCCGAGGAGUUCCUCUCUUCAGGCUAUUCCUACAUUCGGCGAGGAAGGCCUGAGAGGGCGGAGGCGUAACCAGAAGAAGGCUUGCAUUCAGUCUUGAGAUAUCAUUCUCAUCUCAUUCAUGAACAUGUGCUUGAAAAUCAAGACUUUAGACACUAGGACAGGUCGAACAAGAAAAUGAGCAGCAAAUACUGUAACAUUAAAGGGAAUUUCUCACAUCCAACAAUUAUGGAAACAAGAUUGGACAAGGUGUGGAUGGUGAUUAUCCAUAAAAUAACGUCGGUGGUUGAAAUGAGUUUGACAAGAUUGUGAGGUUGUUAUUGUUGUUCGACUGUAAUAACUUUCAAAAUGCUGACAUUGCAAGAAACUGCUGUGACAAAGAAUGACUGAAACAUAAUCCUCACUUAGAGGUCACGUGACUUCCUGUCUGACUUAGAACGCAUAGGUCGAUGAAGUUUAGUAUGUGUGAGCAUGUAUGCUUUUUCUUUUCAUUUUGUAUAUCAAAGACAUUUGCUGUUCAAUAGAUGCUUAUGAUCUCUGCUCCACAUACCCUGUGAAAAUCAGCUCCACCUCCUCAAUGCUCUGCGUGUGACUCCAUCAGAGAAAGGCGGGGAAAGGUCCACAGUUGACAAAUAAGCAACUAAGUGAAACAUGAAAAGUGCCUGAUCAGUUACAGCGAAGCUUGUCGGAUUUCGGAAAAAUGCAACCCCGAGGUUUUUUGGCUUUAGGCCUACGUCAGAGCGGGAUGAUUAAUACAAGUUUGUUGCACUUCAAACACUGCAUUUGAGCAAACACCCACUCUGUAGCUACGGCUCCUUCAAAGAAUGUCAUUUCCUCAUUGCACUUAAGUAUAGAUGUGAAGCAUUCAAUUCGUUUUCAUUGCGAGUGCAAAUAUGUGAAAGGACCAUGGCCUUAAAUAAACGGAUACUUCCUUUUUCUUUAUACUUCUUCUGUCGAGCUGUGAUCUUGCACUUACUACCUGUGAAAAAUGAAAUGACCAUGAGCCUCACCUGCUAAACGUUCAUUAAAUUCAGUUGUGAAGUGGCUAACAGCUACAAUUACACUUAUUAUUAUAAAUACAUACAAAGGUAUUUUAUGUAUUUAUUAUUACAACACGUAUUUAUCAUUAUUAAUACAUUAAAAAGGUUGAAAAAAUCCAGAAAACGAGGCCAUGGUACUCGAAUCCCAGACGACGUCGUCAGAGAUAGGUCAACAGCUCUGUUUGGCUAACAAAGGCGCGACACUUGUGCUCCCUUGUUUGUUAAGAGUAUUAUUAGUCCUGUAGCUAACGCAUGUAAAUAUUCAUGGUUUAGGCCUACGCAUGAAGAAAGCAAAGCGUUUCAGGUAUGAGCCAAGACUGAGUCAGUCAUCAAUUUGCGUAUGACUGGGAUACAUGGACACAUAGGUUAAUAUCUGAUACAGCAGCAAAAAGAAAUGAAAGGAGAUGAAAAGAUGGGGAAGAGGGGAGUUGGCUCUUUAGACCACAAGCACAGUAUAGAGUUUUUUUUUUGCAAAGAAAACAGCUGCAACCCUUGAAAAUACAAACGUUUGUAGCAAUUUAAUGGUUGAUCGUCAGCAUCCUCUGCUGGAGGAUUGUGUGUAUUGUCUGUCGUAAACGAGCCUUCCCAGGUAAUCAAGUACACUUUAUUUUCACUUCCAUAAUGCACUUUAAGUGUCACACAUUAUUUUUUUAACUUAAUAUAUAAAAGUAUUGUCUCAAAAUAACAGUUGAGUACACUUAAGCUUAUCCUAAUAAGUACUAAAAACAAAUUGUUGUAUCAUGUACAACUUUAGUGCGUGAAAACAGAGCACUUUAAGCACAUUUAAGUGUGUUAAGGUGCACUUUAUUCACCUAUAUUGUUUGAUACAUUAACAAAUUGCCUUGUAAAGUAAACUUAGGCUACCUCAGAAUAAUAACCAAUGUCAUUUAGUAGUUGUAUUAAUAAAGUUGAUUUGUGUCUUUAAUAAAUAAAGCAGUAAAUAAAGCAUUUUAAAG